AUGAAGGAAAUAUAUCUGGCCGGUGCCGCCGCGGCCUUUACCGUCGACCUCCUCGUCUACCCCCUCGACACCCUCAAAACGCGCUACCAGUCCCAGGACUUUAUCAAAUCCCCCUUGACAAAACCCCUUGCCCUGCGCGGUCUAUACCAAGGCAUCGGAAGCGUCAUACUGGCUACUCUACCUGCAGCCGGCGUCUUCUUCUCAACAUACGAAACUACAAAAUCUCUCUAUACAAAGCAUCUCCCCGUCUCUCUGCCCACCCCAGUAAUCCACUCCCUCGCCUCUGCAACCGCCGAAAUGGCAUCCUGUCUCGUCCUCACCCCCGGCGAAGUCAUCAAGCAAAACGCCCAAAUGAUUCAACAACAACAACAACAACAACAAAAAGCCUCAGCAUCAAAUACAAUCCCAAAGAGGUCGACGUCGUUACUGGCGUUCAAGAGGGUCCUCGCUUCCGGCAGAUUAUUCACCGGGUAUUCCGCCCUCGUGGCACGCAACCUUCCAUUCACCGCCAUGCAGUUUCCGCUGUUUGAGCAUAUACGCGCUCGCUUAUGGGAACACAGGGCACGGUCAAAGGGAACUCAGGAUAUAGAUGGAGGAACGAGAGGAGUUGGUGAAUCUGGGUUGAUAGCAGGGAGCAGUGCCGCCAUUGCGGGGAGCAUAGCUGCCUUUGUCACGACGCCAAGCGACGUCAUCAAGACACGGAUGAUGGUCAGCAUAGACAAUGAUGCUUCGACAAGCAGGAAGGGAUUGGCGAGCAUCAAGGUGGUGCAGGAUGUCUGGCGGGAACGGGGACUCAAGGGCUUCUUUCGGGGAGCAGCGUUCCGCUCUGCUUGGACGGCCGUGGGGAGCGGUUUGUAUCUGGGCAUGUAUGAUGCCGCGAAGCUGUGGGUCGAGAGGAGGCAGUGA